AUUUUUAUAUGAUUACAUCCUAACAAUGGUAUUUCAAGCUGAAUCCGAGAACUAUUUAUUUUUCUUAAAAAGUUUAUUUGCCGGUGGCAUGGCUGGAAUGUGUUCAAAAACAACAGUGGCCCCAUUAGAUAGAAUAAAAAUAUUAUUGCAAGCACAUAACAAACACUAUAAGCAUUUAGGUGUUGUUUCUGGACUAAAAGAAGUAAUCCAACGCGAACAAUUUUUUGCUUUGUACAAAGGAAAUCUUGCUCAAAUGGUUAGAAUUUUCCCAUAUGCUGCAACACAAUUUACUACAUUUGAAUUAUACAAAAAGUAUCUAGGCGGUUUAUUUGGGAAGCAUACACACAUAGAUAAGUUCUUUGCUGGGUCUGCUGCUGGUGUCACAGCAGUUACAUUGACAUAUCCAUUAGAUGUCAUUAGAGCUAGACUUGCUUUUCAAGUCACUGGAGAACAUAUUUAUGGAGGGAUUGUACAUGCAGCUAUAACAAUUUUUAAAAAAGAAGGUGGUAUUCGAGCUCUAUAUAGAGGAUUUUUGCCAACUAUAUUUGGCAUGAUUCCAUAUGCUGGAUUUUCCUUCUACUCAUUUGAACAGCUUAAAUACUUGUGUAUGAAAUAUGCACCACACUAUUUUUGUGAGAAAUGUGAUAGAAAUACUGGUGGUUUAGUUUUAACUACAUCAGCAAGAUUAUUAUGUGGAGGUAUUGCAGGUGCUAUUGCUCAAAGUUUUUCUUAUCCAUUGGAUGUUACUAGAAGACGUAUGCAAUUAGCUAUGAUGAAUCAUGCUACACAUAAAUAUAGUGCUAGUAUGUUACAAACUAUGAAAAUGAUAUAUAAAGAAAAUGGUAUUAUAAAAGGUCUGUAUCGUGGAAUGAGUAUAAAUUUUUUAAGAGCCAUUCCUAUGGUAUCAGUUAGUUUUACGACGUAUGAAAUGAUGAAACAAAUAUUGAAUUUAGACACAGGAAUGAAACUUUAAUUUAUUAGAUGGAUGUAUAAAGUAUUUUUAAUAUUU